UCGUAUGUGACUCAGCGACGGCCGACAUGUGGUGUUUGUUACCACUGCAAGUUUGUGUAUAGAGGAACUGUUGAGAGCGAGAGAGAUGAGUACAAGAUCCCUAUAAAUAUGGGGCCAGCGAAAUAUUUGGAGCUCAUGGGAGAACAAAAACAUGGGAGAAGAAAUGGAGGGGGAAAAGAGGAGAGACCAUGGCCUCCUUGACAACAAAAGAAUAGGAGGCCUAAGAACAAUGCCCUUCAUCUUUGCAAACGAGACGGCGGAGAAGCUCGCCGUGGUGGGGUUCUCCACCAACAUGGUGAGCUACUUGACCCAGCAGCUGCACAUGCCUCUCACCAAGGCAGCCACCACCCUCACAAACUUCAGCGGCACUGCCAGCCUGACGCCCCUGCUCGGCGCCUUCCUCGCCGACGCCUUUGUCGGCCGCUUCUGGACCAUCUUCAUCGCCUCCCUCUUCUACCAAAUAGGAAUGACAAGCUUGACAAUCUCAGCCGUGUUCCCCCAGUUCAGGCCGCCUCCGUGCAACCCAGCCGGCCACCAGGAAGCAUGCCAGGAGGCCGCCUCAUGGCAGCUCGCUGUGCUUUAUGUGUCGCUGCUGCUAAACGCGGUGGGCGCAGGCGGUAUCCGUCCAUGCGUGGUGGCGUUCGGCGCGGACCAGUUCGACGAGUCCAACCCGAAGGAGAGGACGAGGACGUGGAACUUCUUCAACUGGUACUACUUCUGCAUGGGCUCGUCGAUGCUGGUGGCGGUGACAGUGAUCGUGUAUGUGCAGGACAACAUCGGCUGGGGGUGGGGGCUGGGAAUCCCCACCGCGGCCAUGGCAGUGUCAGCGGCGUCGUUCGCAGCUGGGUAUAAGAUGUACCGGAGGCUGGAGCCGGCUGGGAGCCCGUUCACGCGGCUUGCGCAGGUCGUGGUGGCAGCAGUCAGGAAGAGGAAGGUGGCGGCCAUUGAUGACCCGCGAAUUUUGUACGAGAAUGAUGAGAUGGACAAAGCCAUUUCUCUCUCUGGGAAGCUCGUGCACACCAAGCAGCUGAGCUUCUUCGACAAAGCAGCGAUCGUCACCAAAUCCGAUGGUGUAAAAGAAGGCUCCUCCGCCACCGCCGCCUCCAGAACUCCUAACCCAUGGCGGCUGAGCACGGUUCACCGUGUGGAGGAGCUAAAAUCAGUCAUCCGCAUGGGGCCUAUCUGGGUUGCAGGCAUCCUCGUCAUCACUGCUGCAGCCCAGCAGGGCACCUUUGCCCUCCAGCAGGCCCGCACCAUGGAUCGCCGCCUCUCCCCUUCCUCUACCUUUCAGAUCCCCCCAGGUUCCAUGUCUGUCUUCACCAUGCUUGCCAUGCUUGUCACCAUAUCCCUUUACGACCGCGCCCUCAUCCCCCUUGCCCGCCGCUUCACCGGCCUCGACCGCGGCCUCUCCUUCCUGCAGCGCAUGGGCAUCGGCUUUGCCAUUUCCAUUGCCGCCACCUUCAUCGCUGGAUUCAUCGAAAUCCGCCGCAAGCACAUUGCAGCCGAGGCGGGCCUCCUCGACUUACCGACCACCACACUACCAAUAUCAGUCUUCUGGCUCGUGCCACAGUACGCUCUCUUUGGAAUGACAGAGGCAUUCACCUCAAUUGGCUACCUUGAGUUCUUUUACGACCAGGCGCCCGAAAGCAUGCGGAGCACCGCCACCGCACUAUUCUGGUUGGUGAUAUCCUUAGGAAGCUAUGUUAGUACGAUGCUUGUCACGCUAGUCCACAAGUAUAGUGCCGGUCCAGGAGGAUCUAACUGGCUAGCAGAUAAUAUAAACAAGGGGAAGUUAGAAUACUUCUACUGGCUCAUCACAUUGCUUCAGGCUUUGAAUUUGGUGUAUUACAUGGUAUGUGCUAAGUACUAUACGUUUAAGCCAGUUCAGAUUAGGGAAGAGGAGGAACAUAGGGUAGUGGAGCUCAACAAUAAGGUUUGAGAUCUGAGUAAUUGUGCAUUGCAAUAAUACACCAAGGGAGUCUGAGCUGAUAUAGGAAGAAAUAUUGCAUGUAAAAGAGUCUUAAGUUGCCAGGAUAAAGAGAAUGUAGAAUUCUGAAAUAAAAACUAUAGAAAGAACACUAUUCUCGAGAGAA